AUGUUUGUCAAAUAUUCUUUAGUUUUAAUUAUCUGUACCUUAUUACUCUCUGCUUUUUCUGGUAUGGCUACCGGUAGUUAUGGUAAUGAUCCAAGUGUUAUCCAUGACCCAAUUGUAAAGAUCUAUGGCCAUUGGGACUUUGAAGGUUCAUUGUAUGUAUACAAUAAAACUGAUGGUUAUGUCCAAUUACCUGACGAAUUCCGUAACAAUGUUCAAUCAUUCCAAUCUGGUAUUGACGUAUGCUUUAUCAAAUGGUAUCCAAGAGAACAAUACCAAAUCAAAGCUGGUGAUUACCAUAAAAACUAUGCUGCAUUAACAAACUUUGGUCAAAGAAUGGACGGUCUCUAUGCUGGAUCUUGCUCUGAUGCCAUUUGCCCAGUUUCCAACUAAUGUAAACUUUAACUAUGUCUUACCAACCAAUAAGUAAGCAUACAUGGUUUAUUUGAAAAGGAUUAAUCACUGAUGAUACUAUUGUUGCAUUAAAAGCAAAACAAAAAAAAAAAUAAAAAAAAUAAAUAAAAAAUAAAAAAAAAAUAAAAAAUUUUAAAAACCACAAAAAUUU